ACCAAAGGUUUGGACAUACCUCAUUCAAACAAAUGGGGAAGUGUGUCCAAACCCUUGGUCUGUACUGUGUGUGUAUGUGUAUGUGUGUAUAUGUAUAUGUAUAUGUGUAUAUAUAUAUAUAUAUAUAUAUAUAUAUAUAUAUAUAUAUAUAUAUAUAUGAAUACUGGUACUUUUUUAUGUCUUUUUACUUCUUUUUUUCAUGAUCUGAGGGGAUCACAACCAUUAGUCCUCCUAUCUACCUUCUGUACCUUUAGUUGUCAAGAAUAAUUUCAUUCUGUCAAGCAGAGAUAAAAGUAUGUUGCAGCCCUGUGUUUUUGUUAAAUAUUUUUGUCAGAUUAGCUGGAAAUGGACAUAUUUAAAUGGAUUAGAUUUAUGGAACUUGAUGUAAUUUUAAAAAAUUAUGACUGUUAUAAAACUAUGUGUAUAUUCAGAGAAAGAAUAUUAUUGCUGCAGAAUCAACAAGCCAUUUUGUUAACACAUUUAACAAAAUAAAGUGACUGAUACGUUAAAGACAAUAGAGGCGAGUGUGAUUCCUGCAGUUCCUGGGUGAGCCAGCAGGGGGCAGCACCGAGCUGAACCUGCUCUUCAACAACGAUCAUGUUUAUGUUUUGACAGUUGACUUGAGUUUAGGUCAACUGUCUCAUCUGCAGCUGUAUUAUAUUCAGAAGAUGGAAACGAAGCUUUAACUGCAUUAAAGAAAGAAGCCACGAUAAAAGACAAAUGUCUUGCGACGAGGACGAAGCUUUUCCAGCGGCAGUGGAGGAGGAGGUUAAAAAGGAGCCGAUGGAUAUAGAGAGUGAGAACGAAGACGAAACCAGACAGGCAGAAGAACUCAGACUGGUCCUCAUCGGGCAGACCGGAUCUGGGAAAAGUGCGUCUGGAAACACCAUCUUGGGCCGCAGGCAGUUCCUGUCACAGAUCAGUGCCAGCUCUGUCACCCAGAUCUGCGAGCUUGGAAGCGCUGAGCUCACUGAGGAAGAGGAUGCAGCGAAGGACAGCCACGCUGUUACACAGAGGAGGAAGAGGAGAGUCGUCGUGGUUGACAUGCCAGGCUUUGGGGACACACACCUCAGCAUGGAACAGACUCAUGCAGAAAUAGCCAAAUGUGUGUCUCUCACAGCCCCCGGUCCACAUGCUUUCCUCCUCGUGGUGCCUCUAGGGCGAUAUACAGAUUAUGAGAACCAGGCUGUGUCUCAGUUGAGCAGAAUAUUUGGGGAGGAUGCUGUCCGUCACCACACAGUGGUUCUUUUUAGCAGGGGUGAUGAUCUGGAGGGCAUUGCGAUUGAAAAGUAUCUACAGGAGACUGCCCCUGCUGGUCUUAAAUCUCUGAUUGACAAGUGUGGCGGGAGAUACCAUGUUUUCAACAACAAAAACCCCGGUAACUCAGCACAGAUUAAAGAGCUGCUGGUGAAGGUGGAUAAGAUGAUAAAGCAGUCUAGCAGAGGGUUUUAUACUAAUGCAAUGUUUUUGGAGGCAGAGCACGCCAUCGCAGAAGAGCAAAAGAGGCUGUUGAUGGAGCAAGGAGAAGGUGAAGAAGAGGGAAAUAAAUGCAGAAUGGUAGAACAGGGUAAACUUGCAAAACGAAGAAAGUGUGAUUUAGAUUCUACCAGAGGAAAUGAGGGUGAGUUUAGGGUGGAGAGAUGGACAGAGGAGAGCAGAGGCAGUGGCUUCAGCCUGCUGAGGGACCAGAUCAGAGGUGUGCGUCGGGGUGACAGUAGGACGGUCAGCAGGCGAUCGUCUUUCCGUUCAACCUUGAGUCGCAUAAGGAGGGAAGCUGCGCUCUCUCCCAAGGUGCUGGAGAAGGUUAAGAUUUUGGUUGCUGCUGGAGCAACAGGCAUGGCGGUCGGGGCGGUAUUUGGGGCCGCUGCACCUUUAGCGGCUGCAGCUGGAGCAUCUCUCAUGGGGAAUUCUGUCGGUUUUGCUGCAGGUCAGUUUGCAGGGAUGUCUGUGGCAGGAGGUACGAGUGUUGGGAAAGCUGUAGGAGCCAUCGUGGCAGCGGCCUCUGGAAAGACUGCCGUGGCUCUGGGGGCAGCGACAGGGGGAGUGAUGGGGGGCUCUGUAGGAGUCGUUGCUGGUACUGAGGCUGCAAGUCCCCAGGAGGGAGCUUUAGACGCCCUAGGCCAGGUUAGUGUGAUUGGGGCCUCUGCGGUGGGAGUGGCAGCUGGUGUGGGAUGCACUCUGGGAGCCGGGGCGGCUUUAGGUGCAGCUCUGGAGGGAACAGCUUUGAGCACAACAGCCCUCAGUGGAGCUGAAACCGCAGCAGUAGGUGCCGCAGAUGUAGUUGCUGCUUCUGCAGCUCAGGGCAGUUUGGCUUCAGCAGCAACACAGCACACAGUAGCCUGUGUUGGAAAUGUGGCUGCAAACGUAGGGACUAAUCAUUGUGCUAACGCCUUGGCUCAGGAGGUGGUUGCAAGCGUCCCAGUCGCCGUUGGGACUACUGGGGCUCUGUGCAGGUUUGCAGGUCCCACAGCUGCAGCCGUGGCUGGGAGUGCAGUAUCAGACCACUGGGGCACUGUGGCAGUAACUACUCGUAUUCUGAACGCAGUGGCUGAAGUUGGCAAAGCUGCCGCUGGCAUCGCUCUUGCUGGUGGUCUGGUAGUGAAGGUGGUGAAGGAAAAAGUGAGAUGUGGUACUGCAACAACAGAGUCCAGUUACACGGAGAAGAAAUCCUAUGAAGUCUACUGGAACAAAUAAACCGAGACUAUCGUCAUUUUCCAGUAAAUUACAUAAUAUUCAUGUUUGGUUUUUUUAAAUGAUGGCUGAGGAAUGACAACACUGACUGACUCUGAAAAUAAGAAAUGUAUUUAUUUCUGGAAAUAUUUACAUUUGCAACUUAAUGCUAUUCCCUUUACAGGAAGGGAAAAAAAGGGUUUUCCUGGUUUUGUUCUGAAAAAUCAACAAAAGGACUUGGUUUGACAAGCAUUUAAAAUGCCUAAGAGUGUGCACUUAAAGAUGACAGUGGAGGGUUGUUCUGUACUGUUUAAAAUCUUCUUAUAUUAAAUAGAGAUGAGUUGUUUUUUUAGCAACUACCAGCUGUAUUCACCUGUUAUGGUCCUGUUUUUGCAACUUAGAUCACACUAUAUGCAUUCUUUCUUCAAUAAAUAUUGAGGUUGUUCAAUUUGUUAUCUUUUCUGAGACUAUAUUACAUGCAUUUUUGCAGUUUUGUUAAAAACACCUUUUUUGAAGUUCCCUUUAAGGUGUUUGUAUUAGACUAUUUUUAUGACCGUGUCUUCAUUCCUCUGUACCACACGGUGACAUAUGCAUAACAUUAUACACAAGUAUACAGUAUUGAAAACAAUGCAUUUCCCUUCUGAGAUAAAUAAGUAUUUCUGUAUUGACUUUGAAUUAAAUUGAAUUAAACUAA